AUGUCUCUCGAAUAUCGGAUAGGCACUAAGAAUGAUAAUGAGAUUGUUCACCAAUUUCUACUGAACCAUUUUCGUGUAACUGAACCCAUCACGAGUACAAUAAAUGCAACAAAGGAUGACGUUUUCGAUUUUUUCAUUGAUUUACGAGAUGGUGGGCUUACAAAUGAGAAAUGGUCAACCCUCUGUUUUGAUGGGCCAGAGCUAGUUGGAAUCUCACUCAACUAUACUAAACUAGUAGAAGGUUCGCCUGAGUCAGAAUCAUCAAGUUUUGACCCACGCGCCGAUUUUGCCAAAGCAAUUGAAUCUGGACCGUAUACGCAGCUAAAUGCUAAUAGAUUAGUAGUCUUCGUUGAAACUGUGGAAGCUGGAAUGGCCAAACUAAUCAACGCUCCUAAGAAAAUAUUUAAAAUCGACGUAUUGUGUGUUCGGUCAGAUUACCAAGGAAAAGGAAUAGCUUCUCAAAUGCUUCGACGGGCUGAACAAGCGGCAGUGGAUGCUGGGUGCAGUUACAUAAUCUCAACAGCAACAGCUGUGGCUUCUCAAACUCUUUUCGCCAAGAAUGGAUUUACAGUACUCCGUGAACUCCCAUUCUCUUGCUUCCGAGAGAAUGGGGUGGCAGUUUACGAAAACUUGACGGAUGGUGGAAGAGCAGCAAAAUUGAUGACAAAGCCUAUGCCAGAAAAACAAAAUGAUGAAGAGGAAGAAGAAGAAGAUUUAAAAUAA